AUGCUUCCCCUCCGCUCGCUGGCGACGCGCCCUUUGCGGCGACUUGGCCCGCGUGCCCUCUCGUCCAGCUCGCUCACUCGCUCCCAGGCUACUUCAGGGACUUACCAUGUUGUUGAUGGAGGCGUUGACUCAGAUUCCAAUGUCGUAGUUGAGGAUUAUCGCGGAAUGACGGCACAGGAAAUCUUCAAGGAGACUGGCAGCACCCGAACGGAUAACAAACUUAGGCAUUUCACAGGCUCUGAAUUUUGGGUAGGCAUUGCUCGUCCUCAACACCCGGCAGCGCACGGUGUGCUCCGUAUGAUCCUAGAGCUGAAUGGAGAAGAAAUUUUACGUGCCGAUCCGCACAUUGGACUGCUGCACCGUGGAACAGAGAAACUCAUUGAGUACAAGACGUACACUCAGGCCCUUCCCUACUUUGACCGCUUGGACUACGUGUCUAUGAUGACCAACGAAUUGUGCUACUCUCUCGCAGUGGAAAAGCUCUUGAACAUCGAGGUCCCAGAACGGGCCAAAUGGAUUCGCACCCUUUUUGGCGAGAUCACCCGCAUUCUAAACCACCUUAUGGCUGUCUUGACACACGCCAUGGAUGUUGGAGCGCUAACACCCUUCCUAUGGGGUUUUGAAGAACGUGAAAAGCUCAUGGAGUUCUACGAGCGUGUCUCUGGUGCGCGACUGCACUCGGCCUAUGUGCGACCUGGCGGUGUUGCUUUCGAUCUCCCCCACGGUCUGCUGAAUGACAUCUUCCUGUGGGCAACUCAGUUUGGAUCCCGUGUGGACGAAAUCGAGGAGGUCGUGACCGGGAACCGAAUCUGGAAAGAGCGGACCGUUGGUGUCGGUGUUGUCACUGUCGAAGAUGCCCAGAGCUAUGGAUUCAGUGGGGUGAUGGUCCGGGGCAGCGGCAUUCCCUGGGAUAUCCGCAAGGUAGAUGGGUAUGAUGCAUACGACCAGGUCGAGUUUGACGUUCCCGUGGGCAAGAACGGGGACUGUUACGAUCGGUAUCUGUGUCGUGUGCAGGAAAUGCGGGAGUCUUUGCGCAUCAUCAGCCAGUGUCUGAACAAAAUGCCGCCUGGUGCCGUCAAGGUCGAUGAUCACAAGCUUGUCCCUCCGCCGAGGGCCUCUAUGAAGGAGAGCAUGGAGAGUUUGAUCCACCACUUCAAGAUCUUCAGCGAGGGCUACACCGUGCCCCCCGGUGAGACGUACAGCGCCAUCGAAGCUCCCAAAGGCGAAAUGGGUGUCUACCUGGUUUCCGAUGGCACCAACCGUCCCUACCGCUGCGCCAUCCGGGCUCCCGGCUUUGCCCACCUUGCUGGCUCCGACUUCAUGAUGCGUCGUACGUCCCUUUUACCCACCCAUCCGUUCUAAUCGACUCAUUCCGGUGCUCGUUUUCGCAGAUGUGCGUUACGCUGACUGUCCAAAUCGUCUUACUGAAUUCUCCGCAGCACUUCCUUGCCGAUGCCGUUGCCAUCAUCGGAACCAUGGUGAGUGGAGGAGCAUUUGUUCUGGAAUGACUGAAUGCUGAUCAUGUUUCCAGGAUCUCGUGUUCGGGUAUGUUCUCGCUAACAUCAGAGGGCGCAGUGCUGAUCCCUGCACACAGAGAGGUAGAUCGAUAGUCGCCGUUUGCAAAUACACAAGCAUGGCCGGUAAUUCUACGAUCAUGUUUGCACAAUGUAGAGCUCGUGUCUGUUCCGUGCCUGACCAAGGACAUGCAAAAGAUUUGUUUUGUUCACUCGUUGGUUUCGUUUCUUCCAUUUUC